AAUUCGGCAAGUAACACUGGACAGGUAUUUUCAGGUGACAAACAAACAACAUAUAUACGUGUACCUAUUGUAAGUAAGAAGGUACCUAUUUGUUACUGCACCCUCACAUUGUUGCGUGCGGCAAAUAACGGUCAGGAUUCCCCCCGAAAGAUAAUCAGACCUUAUUACAGAACUGUGGAAGAGUAAUUGGAUGAAUUUCCUAUUCACGGAGAUAUUUAUGUGCUUUCUGAGAGUGGAUAUUAUAGAAUUAACUAAGGAAGCUUGAAAUCGCUGUUUAUACGUCCAAACAGUUAGCGGCGAUCGAUCGACAGAAAGCAGGGAGCUAUGAAGGAGAAAAAACGACCGCGAUCGGAGUCGGCGACAUAACCGGCUAGAUCAGCUAGUUGUGUGUACGUACGUAAAAUUCCGUAGCAACUACAGCAUCUCGUAUAACAAAACAUCUAACUGCGCUGUCAGCCUCCAAUAGCCAGGUGAAACAGAGGGUGAUUUGUUUAGUCAUGUGGUACUUGCCGUUGGGAGGCUGAGAGUGCCAGAGGAUUCUCCUAGGUGACAUACGGGGAUUUAGUGUGAAUGGAUCAGAGGCUUAUAACGCAGGGUUUAAACUGUACGUAAUUAUUCCGGCUCAUUAUGGGCUGAGGGAUAAUGAAAUUAUAACGUUAAUAUAAUAAUCAUUUAUCAUACAUCGUGUGUACGGAACUUAACCUUCGAUUUCUCGUUGUGGUUAGGAACUAUUGGAUUGUGAAUUCGUGUUAGUGUUUAACUUCAGUGAUACUUAGAUUCCAGUAUUGAGUGAGACUUUGUGAGGUACCAAGUAUGUAAUCACACGGAGGACCACGUCUCUAACUCAGAAUGACCAACGCUACCAGCGCAGAGGAGUGCCUCCAGAAGAGGUACUGGUACUACUUCCUUGCCUCUAGUCUCAUCGUCUUCUGCGCCGGCAUUGCCUUCAUCUUAAUCUAUCGCCUCAUCAUCUGGUUAUGUUGCCUGGUUUCAACCCCACCCCACGGGGCAUCGCCCAAAGUGGCCAAUCACCCUGGCACGGUCAAUCCCCCACCCCCCAAACGGAAAGGGUCUACCACCAACGCCAACUCGACGGCGACGAAUACGACUUUACAGAAGCCCUCUGAUUCUGAGAUAGGGUACAUCACAGAGGCCAAAGACUGGGCGGGGGAGUUGAUAUCGGGACAGACCACGACCGGUAGAAUACUGGUGGGGUUGGUGUUUCUGCUCAGCAUUGCAUCGCUCAUCAUUUACUUCAUCGAUGCUUCAGAGGAGACGGUGGAGUCCUGCACCCCCUGGGCGGAGAGUCCACGGCAGCAGGUGGACCUGGCCUUCAAUGUCUUCUUCCUCAUCUAUUUCUUCAUCAGGUUUGUGGCAGCUAAUGACAAGCUACUGUUUUGGUUGGAGGUGUUCUCCUUUGUGGAUUAUUUCACUAUCCCACCAUCCUUUGUGGCCAUCUAUCUGGACAGAAACUGGCUGGGCCUGAGAUUCCUGAGAGCCCUGCGUCUGAUGUCUAUCCCGGACAUCCUGACCUACUUAAACGUUCUGAAGACCAGCACAAUGAUCAAGCUGUCGCAGCUUGUGGCGUUCUUCAUCAGUCUGUGGCUGGCCUCCGCAGGAUUCCUUCAUCUCAUUGAGAAUGCUGGCGACCCUUGGGUGGACUUUGAUAACCCCCAGUUGUUGACGUACUGGGAAUGCAUGUACUUCCUGUUGGUUACCAUGUCAACAGUGGGCUAUGGUGACGUGGGAGCAAAAACUGUCCUGGGCAAAAUCUUUAUUGUACUCUUCAUUAUGAUAAGCAUUGGUAUGUUUGCAUCAUGGAUCCCUGAAAUUUCAGAUAUUCUGGGUCGUAGACAAAAGUAUGGAGGUUGCUACAAGAAAGAAAGGGGUAAAAAACAUAUUGUUGUUUGUGGCCACAUCACGUUUGACUCAGUUUCCAAUUUCCUGAAGGAUUUUCUCCACAAAGAUCGAGAAGAUGUGGAUGUGGAAAUUGUCUUUAUCCACAAAAUUCUACCAGACCUUGAGUUAGAAGGCUUGCUGAAGAGACAUUUUACGCAGGUGGAGUUUUUUCAUGGGACCGUCAUGGAUGCCAAUGAUUUGGCUCGAGUGAAGAUAGAGACAGCUGAUGCUUGUCUGGUGUUGGCCAAUAAGUAUUGUGAGGAUCCGGAUCAGGAAGAUGCAGCCAAUAUCAUGCGAGUCAUCUCAAUUAAAAACUUCCACGCUGAGAUUAAAGUUAUCGUACAACUGAUGCAGUACCAUAAUAAGGCGUACCUCCUGAACAUUCCGAGCUGGGACUGGAAGCGAGGGGAUGAUGCUGUAUGUGUGGCGGAGCUCAAGCUGGGCUUCAUCGCUCAGAGCUGUCUGGCCCCCGGCUUCUCCACCCUCAUGGCUAACCUGUUCACCAUGCGCUCAGACAAGCCAAAGAGUUACUUGAGAUCGCUCUAUCUUUCGGCCACAGACAUGCCCCAGUGGCAGUGUGACUACAUGAGAGGGACAGCCAUGGAGAUGUACACGGAGUACCUGUCCUCGUCCUUCAAUGGCAUGACAUUCCCUGAAGCUGCCGAGUUGUGUUUCUCCAAGCUGAAGCUGUUGCUAUUGGCGAUAGAGGUGAGGCAGGAGGAUGGAAGGGAGAGCACUCUAGCGAUUAAUCCCGGAAGCAAGAUAAAAAUAGAAAACGCCACUCAGGGUUUCUUCAUCGCAGAAUCGGCCGAGGAGGUUAAACGAGCAUUUUAUUACUGCAAAAACUGCCAUGCUCAAGCGACAGAUGUAAGAGCUAUCAAGAAAUGUCGAUGCAGGCCUCUGGCCCAGUUUAAGAAGGGAGUGACUGCCGUCAUAGGCUUUGGGAACAAACUAGCCACCGGCCGAUUUAGGCAGUACAACCUAAAUCAUUCAUGGAAGCAUAAAGUCGGUUCAUACCGUUAUACUGCCAACCCACUGCUGAGUAAAAAGGACCGCCCGACCUCGGGGUCAAAGGAUAAGGCUAAUGCCCCAGUACCUCUGGCUGCAGGAGAAAAGAGGAUAUCGUUUUCUUUAGGCAAAACUGAGAAACUGACCAAGCAUAUGUCACUCAGGGGGCCCCGGCUAGCCAUGGCCAUAGCCAGCUUGUUGUCCAAAUCCAAAGAGAAUCAGCCGACCACCCCAACAGUGGCAGCCCUACCCCCGCUCUCACAGGAAUCUCAGGACACAAGCGUGUGCCCUGGGGAGGAGCCGAGGAAGUUUGACUCCACAGGAAUGUUUCACUGGUGUCCUUCAAGGCCACUCAUUGAGGCCAGAAUGGACAGAGAGAAAGCCUCCGCCACGGUUCUCUGUAACCACGUGGUGGUCUGCCUGUUUGCGGAUGCUAACUCCCCUCUGAUUGGUCUGCGUAACCUGGUGAUGCCGCUGAGAGCCAGUAAUUUCCACUACCAGGAUCUGAAGCACGUUGUAAUCGUGGGCAACAUAGAAUACCUGGAGAGAGAAUGGAGGACCCUGCAGAACUUCCCCAAAAUCACCAUCCUGGCUGGUUCCCCACUGAACCGAGCGAACCUGCGCGCUGUGAACGUGAACCUGUGUGAUAUGUGUGUCAUUCUGUCGGCCAAAGACAAGAAUCUGGAUGACCCCCAUCUAGUGGACAAGGAGGCCAUCUUGUGCUCCCUCAACAUCAAAGCCAUGACCUUUGAUGACAGCAUGGGGCUCAUUCAAGCCUCCGCCCAGCAGGCACCAGGUUUCCUACCUCCUGGGUUUUCCCCCAUUGGACAUUCCAAGAGAUCGCGUAGAGGGUCAGUGUGUGGUUCUAAUGUCCCUCUCAUCACAGAGCUAGCUAACGACUCCAACGUGCAGUUUCUGGAUCAGGAUGAUGAGGAUGAUCCGGACACAGAGCUGUACAUGACCCAGCCGUUCGCCUGUGGGACGGCCUUCGCUGUCAGCGUGCUGGACUCGCUGAUGAGCACAAGCUACUUUAAUGACAAUGCCUUAACCCUGAUACGGACUCUUAUCACUGGUGGGGCCACCCCUGAACUCGAGCAGAUUCUGGCCGAGGGGGCAGGGAUGAGGGGUGGGUACUGCACCCCCAGUGUUCUGGCCAACAGAGACAGAUGUAGGGUGGCCCAGGUCUCGCUCUUUGAGGGACCGCUUGCUCAGUUUGGGGAGGAUGGAACAUAUGGAAGCCUAUUUCUGUUUGCCCUGAGGAACCUGGGAAUUCUGUGCAUCGGUCUGUACCGCUUCAGAGACACCAACGAAUCUUCUUCUAGUCCUUCAUCAAAGCGCUAUGUGAUAACAAACCCCCCAGAAGACUUCAAGCUUCUAGCCACUGAUCAAGUGUUUUGCCUGGCUCCAUGCAAUCUGUCACAAAGUUCAAAUUCUUCCCCUAAAGACAGAAGGGAAGAGAUCAAUACUCAUAAAAAAGUGCCAAAAGUUAAGAAAAAGAAAAACAAACACAAAGGCAAUUAUUCUGGAUAUUGUCCACUGUUAUCGUUUUAAGACACAAAUGCUUACUUUCUGGUUUCUGAUGGUUACAACACAGUGGCAGAUGUUGCUGGUCCACACUGUUAAACCUGUAGGUUUGCUGGUUUGCUUUGUGCUGUGCUGCCACCCCUCACCCCUUAGUUCAUCUCUCCCUCGCCCCCCUACAGUAAGUAGAGGAGGAAUUAUCCACACCCUGUGUAGUUGUUUGAUGCUGUAGCAUUCACCACCCACUAAUCAUAGAGUAGCCAAUUCACAAACACACCUUGCUGUUAUAAACCAGAGGGAGAAAGCAGCCUUGUCUUCACUCAUCAGCCUCAUUUUCAUCAUCCAAUCACAUUGCUGCAUUAGUGUUUGAAAUUAAAAAAUGAUUUAUUCUCAAAGAUUAUCAAAGAAUGCAAUGUGGUUUUUAUCUUGGAUUUUCAUUUUGACAAACAUUUUAAACACUUGAUCCCGAGAUUGGCCAGUAGACUGGCAUGAUGCUAUUUCAUUGUGUGAUGAGCCGUAUGCUAGUUACCAGGAUGUGUGUUGCAUGCGGCAUGAAGUGACAGUGUUUCUUCGGAAUGCUGACCCUGCAACCUACCCUCCAGUGUGUGUAACAUUAUAAAAGUCAUCCAAAGCAUCACAUACAAAUACCUUGUUAUUAGUUUCAAUAUAUUCUAGAGCCAUUAAUGUUUGACUAUAAAUUAGUUAUAUAAAAAUUUAUAAACCAUACGUUUUUUUUUUUUGGUUUUAAAAGUUUAGUCCAUAGAUAUAUCAUUUUGGAUAUUUCCUUCCAAAUUUUUUUUAAAAGCUAUAUAUGCCAUAUUCAAUGAAUGAUUUUAAAGAAAGAAAUGUUUGUGUUUUAUCAUCAAACUACAUGAAUUGUGCUUUCUGCAACUUUUACUGUUUAAUACAAACACAUUUAUAGUAAAUAAAAUUUCCAAUUAAUAUUUUGACAUUCUGGUAUAAAUUGUAAUGUAUUAAUGGAUUGUAAUGCCCUUGUUUGAAGUAUUUAGUAUCGUGAUAUUCUAAGCUUUUUCAAUAUGUACUGGUAAAUAAGAAGUUAACACAAAAACGUGAACGGCAUCUUGGUAGUAGGGCUAGCACAUUUGGAGAGAAAAAGAAAAUAAUAGAGACUUAAGAAAUGUUUUGAGUUGAAGGAAAUCAAUAAAGGAUGAUAUUGACGUAGGAAUAGAUUUUGCUAGCGUCAUAAUUUUUAAUUUUGUAAAUUAGCUUGCUGUUAUGCCUCUUCCCACACACUAUUCUCUCAAUUACUUUCCUGUGUACAGGAAAUCUACACACGUCAAUUGUUUUAUUAAUAAAUGUAUGUAUAUUUAAAGAAAAAAUAUCCAUUUCUCCUUGCAUUAAACAAAUGUAGUACUUCGU